ACGAUGCCAGUACCUAAUCACAGCCUCUCCUGUGACGCACACACUUCCGGUGGGUACAGCCAUAAACGUGUCCGUGUGCAACCUCAACUCGUUUGAUGACCCAUAGAAGAUGGCUACAGCAAUGAAACUAUCCAUAAAGUCAUAAAAUGGACUAGGCUUUGCGACCAGAACUCUCUUAAUUGGUGGACCGCGACUGUUUUUCAGUUAUGAAAUAUGGAGCGUAAGCUGGCUGAGUUCAGAGCCCGAAAGAAAGCCCAGACUGAAGCUAAGAAACCUGCUGAUCCUGUGAUCCAGACUGAAACUAAAGCAAUGAGCGUUGAUUCUCCAGCAGUGUGUCCUGACACACCAGAACAGAAGCCCAACACCUGCCUUCAGAGUCCACACACACAGGAUCACAAUCAUCAUCUGAUGAAUACUAACUGUGUCCGUUGGCUUCAGAGUGUGGCUCUCACCCAUCUGAGCGUGCUGAAAGUGCUGCUGUGGCUCGUGCUGCUGGGGCUCUUUUCAGAACUUGAGUUUGGCCUGCCAUUUUUUCUCAUAUCGUUAUUCUACUGGCUCUAUGAGGGCCUUCGAAGCCCAAGAGCCCGACAACCUGGAGAAAUGAGCGCGUAUUCUGUGUUUAACCCUGAUUGUCAACCCAUCCUGGGGACUUUAACAGCCGAGCAGCUGGAAGGAGAGAUGGGAUACAGGCCAGUGGUCAAUAGAUAGAAGAAAGCAAACCUUGCAGCCAACUAUCUGGAAAUAAAGGAAAACAGUCUAAAUGUGGAUAUGUAAAUUGCUCUUGGGAAACUUGUUUGCAUUAUAUUAAUGUAUCCUAUCAUCUUCUUAAAUGAUUUACUUGUGUUUACAUUAAUAAAAUGCUUUAUUAAUAUAUAUACACACAUAUUAAUAUAUCCUUGUGAGUGUGCAUAAAUAAAUUACAGUUUAAUCCCAUCAUACAUCCAACAUAUUAGAAUGUCACAUAAUUUUAGGCUUUCUUAUCCAAACGAAUUUAUUCAGCUUAAAUGUAUACUAAGAGACAGGACUUCCUCUUGGAUUCACUUACGAAAAGAUAAACUCCCAAUAAAAGGUCAGAAAUGAGA